GCUUGACCUUGAACCUCAACUUUUUGUUUGCGCAAGCACUAUCCAAACAAUCAUUGCACCUUCAUAGUCAUUCCUCAUUUUCCUUCCUCCCUAGGAUUAUGCACCCCUAAGAACAGCAUAAUAUCGGCCUGGAGUCUCAGCAAUAUGCCUAAGGUCAUUGGCCAUACUCCGCCAUGGCUGUCUCGACCCUCCGCAGGCGCUCGCAUCUUCACUGAUCCAGCACCCCAGUCGCCCGAAUCCCCGUCGAAGCGCUCAUCUUACCUUGGAGUACCACCCUCUACAGACUAUCAGGGACCGAGAAGGCUUGUUGCGUCCCGAGGAACAGAGAUCUUCACAGUCGUGGGCAACAAGAUACGCUGGGCCGACCUCUCCAACGUCAGGGACGAGUGGGAAGAAGGCACACAAUCCGGUGAUAGUCGCCAUGGUCUGUCACGGUCUGGAGGGGGUGCUGCAGCAGAGCAACUUGCUUACAGGGCUCUGGAUGUUUCCAUCUACUAUCAAAUCCGCCAGAUCGCCAUUUCCCCCUCUGGCCUUUUCCUCGCUAUAUCGACAGAACACACUGUUCACAUCGCAGUUCUACCACCGACAUCGAGGUUGACUGAACAUGACCGAUCGCCCCUGAAGUUAAAGACCUAUCAGCUUGGUCCUACGAUUCAUGUUAUCCCAGAAUCCCCGCUGGCCUCUGUGCUAUGGCAUCCCCUGGCGGCUUCCACUGUGUCAGCUGAUUGUAUCGUCACUAUAACCGCGGAAGCAGCUGUACGUGUAUGGGAACUUGAUCGAUCCAAUAAAUGGUCAUUCGAACGUCCCGCUCUCGCAAUUGACCUAAGAAAACUGGCCGAUGGCGUGUCUUGUGAUCAAGAUUUUGAGCCAUCCGGAUUUGGGAAAACAAGAGGUUUCUCGGUCGAUGACUUUGACAUGGAAGUCUCUGCUGCUUGUUUCGGUGGCCAUGGACGAGACGAAGAAGACGCCUGGGCAGGCAUGACACUUUGGACCGCCAUGAGGAACGGUGAUAUCUAUGCUUUAUGUCCAUUACUACCCGCAAAAUGGAAGCCGACGUCUACUACGAUUCCUUCUCUAUCUACAAAUGCUGUUUCUCGGAUGGCGUCCAUCGCAGGAGAGGAUGUUGAUGUGGAUGAACGUCGUGCGGCUGACCAGCAAUACGAAUGGGUGCAGGAAAUUGACAAUGACGAUCCCGUGCAUCUGGACUCUGUUGAUGGCCUGGCGGCCGAAGUGCGUCUCAGACCACAGAACCCGAGCGCAAUUCCUCGCCUCCAAGGUCCCUUUGCGAUUCAGCCAGAAGAUGACACUUCCGAACUCGAGAUCUCCGACAUCUUCGUGUUUGCGUCCACCAUCGACGAGCACGAUCUAAUGGUGGAAGAAGACGACGAAGACUUCGAUCAAUUUGCUUCUCAUGGUGUGCCUUUCACCACUAUCUGUGUGGCUACGACAACGAAUGAAGCAUUGUUCGCUAUUGACCUCGAUGGAGUUUCAGGUCAAUGGCUCCCUAAGAAGGGCAAAAGCGCGUUCAGUGUACCGACUUCAGAUGCAAAGGAUCUCAUACUGAUCGACACACUCACGUUCGAGAGCUCAAGCCUAAAUGUCGCCAACGACUGGCCAACGUUCACCGGUGACGCCGUACACAAUUUCAACCUCUUUUUGACUGCUCCCAAGCAGAUUUACUCUUUCUCCUUGAACGAGUGGAUCAUGCAUCUAGCCGCGGAACUGACCGGGACAGAGCCUCUUGACCCUGGCUUCAAGACCCGACUGGAAACCACCUGUGAAAGCCAGGUAUGCGUCACCAACAAACUUCUUCAAGUUGACGAAGCAUCAGACAUACUUUCUGCGCCUGCCAUAGUAGAUGACAUUUCCCUGGGUUACUUCAUCCUAAGCAAGGCCAAGUCAUCUGCCUACGUGGUCUUCUUUGAUCAAGCUCAUCUUCAAGCUUCUACAAUUGGACCAUCCUCACCCGAGCUCACCGCAACCUCACCAAGUCGUCUGAACCCACAGCAUGUCAGGAUUGCCGAGCAGGAGGAUCCGAAUGAGCUCGAAACUGUUCCUACAAGAUCACCUUAUGUCCCGAACAAGGUCUUUUAUGCGAAUCAUCUCAAUCCGUUGGAGCAGAUGAAACAGAGGCUACCUCCUAAUCUAAAGCGAGCCAUCGCAGAGAAACCCAUGCGCCUUAGUCCCGGGGUCUUGGAAAUCAUGACGGCAACGCACCGCACUAUAAGUGCUCAAUCAGGCGAGCUGGAAAAGGCGGCCGCUGAACUCUUCCGACGAUGCGAACGUCUCCGAGAAGAACUUGGCAACCAAGUCAAGCAAAUGAGUGAAUUGGCGCAGCGCUUGCAACAUCUCAAAUCCGGGGGAGAUGAAGAUGAAGAUGGAAACGUCACUGACAAAAAGUCGGUGGAAACGAGGAUUCAAGACGCCAAAGAGAGACAGUCGAGCUUAAUGGCGAGGUAUGAAGCUUUAAGGAGGAAGGUUGGCCGUGUAGGGUCAGCAAAGAGGGAAUUGAGCACCAGGGAGACCGUAUGGAUUGAAGAAAUUGAUGCUUUCGGACGGAAUGUCGGUGUCAGUGAUGACGCUCAGGAAAAUGGUGACCUUGCUAGCAGACUGGACAAGAGAUUCGAAGAGGUCAAACAAAUUGCGCAAGAGCUCUUGGACGAGAGCAAGCGCGUCACACAGGACUCUGCACCAUCGCCGAUGUCAGCAUCUAUGUCCACAUCUAUGUCUACCACAAAAUCUGCCGGAUCUGGCUCUACAUCGUUUGGCGUGUCGAGUCGGCUACAAAAAGAGCGUAUCGGCGAUGUCAUGGCCAUGGUGGAGCGUGAGGGCGCCGUCAUUGAUGCGGUGAUGAAGAGACUCGAGCGGCUCAAGGUUGAGUAUUAGUUGUGCUUGACUCCGCCACCGCCGGUUCUAGCGAGCGUUCAAGAGGAAGAGGACUGGGUGGUGGUAGACCAUUAAGGUGUAUGGCAAGGCGAAGACGCGCUACUGGUGUCCUUGAUAUGUACUGUUUGGGUAUAGAUGAGCUGCUGUUGACCACCACGGCGGCAGCAGCGGCAUCUUCGGGACAGUUCAUUGGGGCCUAGAAGACUUGAACGAAAAGCAUCACACGUCAACAUAAUACAGGUAGUGCUGCCUUGGAAAUCAUCGUGUUGCUCAUGACGAGCACGCCACAAAC